AGCCGAGAGGUGAAUGUGCUGCCACUAUUCACUAGGAGUUUAAAGCGAGCUGCGAAUACUAACGGCGGUAGACAAAGAGCGCGGGAGACGUUGGACAGUAGCUAAGCGCUAGUAUAGGGACCACCCAGGGAUAUCAGGCAAACGGCUCGUCAGUCUCCCACAGAACGCAAGGAUAGUUCCGGACGGUGAAAGAUAUAGAAACAAGAUGCAGACCUGGAUCUACUGGACAGUGGUGGUCACACUAGUCAUUCUUCAGCAGACGAUGGCCACCACCUUGACCAACCUCUUCAACAAAGGUGUCCUCAAAGGAUUGGAGAAAUUACGUAAAAGACAACAGCAUGAUCCGGAACCGGCGUCCGUCUUUCCUUCCGUCAAUCAGAUUUGCUUUGGCCUUGAUCAGCUAGAAGCUUACAAGGAUCAAUUUUCCACUUUCAUCGACCACAACAACGACGGCAAAGCUUCGUUUGACGAAAUCAAACACUACCUCCAGAAAUACAACAACAAGGUCACGGACGAUCAAGUCCGGAGCUUCCUCCUCCGGCGGGACACCAACGGUGAUGGAGAGGUGGACUUCAUCCCAGACUAUCUGACCGAGAUGGCCACGCCUAACUACAGCGCCACGACGGCCCGAGAAUGGUUUGAUCUGGAAGAUGCCGACCAGGACGGUUAUGUCACCAAAGACGAACUUAUUGCCAUCGCGCGCAACAUCGGUAUGAGUCCCGAGAAGGCUGAGGAGACAGCAAAUGGGUACUACAUGGGUGCAGACACCAACGGGGAUCGACAACUCGACUGGAAAGAGUAUUCGUCUCUAUUUGCGGAGUAAAUGCAGCGUCCCGGAGGUCCGUGUCUUUAGCACAUAUCUGAGGACUUAUUAAAUUACAUCAUUGAUUAUGAACUAUUUUAUCACUCAUUAAUGUUGUGUUAUUGUUGUACAGUCUGAACACCGUGUCGUUUUGUGUGACGUCAUAUGUGGACGGAGCCCUGGGAAGUGUCACGUGAUGGCUAAAGAUACUUGUGUGUUUACUCUGCUGGGCGGUUUUUGUACAUAGCAUGCCUUAUUCUCUGUUAAAUCAUAUACAGUAUGUUGAAAUUUGACUUUCGAAAUCGAAUAAAAUUAAUAAAUAAUUUUCAAUUUAAA